GUUUUUUCACACUUUUGUAAACAACAUGGCGAUUCACGGACUGGCCCUGCUAGCUUACUGAUAAAACACUGUGCUGCCAAACGUCAGCCAUUGUGUGUGAUACACGUUAUAUAUUAGACCUUGCGGGAGUCACGCGUUUGCUUUAUUGUUAAGUUCGCACCGAGACGACAAAGAGUUUGGCCGACGAGCUGUCAAGAAGAGCGUCUGACAGUCAAACGGCCCUCUUCAGUCUAUGGGCUCUCAGUCCAGUUCUGGGAUGUCUGGAGGAAGGGGCUCUUCCAGUGGCAACCCAGCUGAGCAGUCAGACGCAGCAGAACCGAACCAGAGCAGCAGCAGCAGCAGCAGCAGCAGCAGCCGGGGCCGCAGGACGGCCGACAGGCAGCAAGGAGACCGACCGGCAGCUUCAGAGGAGGACGUUGACUUAGCUGAAGUGCUGGCUUACCUACUGAGAAGGGGCCAGGUCCGCCUGGUCCACGGCAGCGGGGCCACAGGCCUGCAGCUGGUCCAGUCGUACUCUGACUCUGACGAGGACAGCGACGGAGCCUGGGAAGGUCGGCUGGGCGACCGCUACAACCCCCCAGGUAACCUCCCACUGACACUGUUCACUGUAAAGGCAGACCAGCGGGUAGGCCCACACCUGCUUCAUGCUGACGACCGGGAGCGGGAGGGAGCACUGCUAGCGCCGUGGAGCAAGAGGCCGUAA